AGCAGGAAACCCUGACGGAGACACAUUUCCGCUCCGCUUCCUUGUUGAAGAACCAAGCUCAACAUUGAAUAUGUAUUCCUUUGGACUAUUUUUAUAUGAAAAACUAUCGACAUGCUUUAGUUUGUAGUUCUCGUGUUAUGCGGCUCAUCGUUUCGUUACAUACUAUAGGUUUUUACGCGUCCAGUCUCUGAAGUUAGUUUGGUGGAUAAAACUUCAGAAGAGUUGUUAAUCGUACAACUACUACCUCACUCGGGCGGAAGGAAUGGCACAUUCAAGGAAAGGGGUGAAAGAUGAUGAUAUGCCUGGCGAAACCGAUGGUGAAGAUGUCAUAGAUGAUCCGAUUGUUGAACAGGGAGCAGUGGUAUUGAGAAGUUUUGUGGUGGAGAGGCUUCAGACGGAGAGCCCGGAUGUGCCCGUGAGCCAUGAGCUUCUUGGGGGCACUCCAUCUGAGGGGGACGACCCCCAGAUCAAAGCCGUGGUGGGACAGUUACUGAGUAUUGCAGAUGAUCUGAAUCGCAAUGCUGAACUUCAACACCUCAUCAACACUGUGCAGGCCAACUGUGCUCAGGACGUGUUCGUCACCGUGGCCAGAAGCAUCUUCUCCGAUGGCAUCAACUGGGGCAGAGUGGUGGCACUCUUCCACCUGGCCUACAGACUCAUAUCCAGGGCUUUGACUCAAAACCACUUUGAAAUCAUCCGCCGUAUCAUAAGCUGGGUGCUCCAAUUCAUCAGGGAAAACAUUUCAUCAUGGAUACGUCAACAGGGAGGAUGGGAGGGCGUAAUGCACAGUGUGUCGCGAUGGCGUACGGUGUCCAUCCUUGCCGCGGUUGCCUUCAUCACUGCUGUAGUGUACUGGAGGAGAAGUCGCUGAGGCCCAGAUGGAGGACUAUUGAUGAUGACACAUGCCACCCAUGACAACGCUGGGAACUGCCCUUCAUCUGGGGUGAAUUCCAGGAAAAAAAGGUUUAGUAACUUACCACGGCA